ACACAAUCCAUCAAGUUGUUUUAAGUGAUUUCAUACUUUUUGCAUUUCAAUAACCAUGAAAAUAACGGUAUUUAUUCUGUCGGCUAUGUUGAUGAUGGCACAUGGACUUCCCCAAGUAAACAAUAGGGAUGUUAAUGGAUAUAAUCGUGAUGCAGGGCCGACCUCGAAUAGAGCAGGAAGUGGAGGUAAUACAGGAAUGGGAGGUAAUACAGGAGGUACUGUAGGAUUUGGUUUUGGAGUGAAUGGUGGAAUCGGAGGUGGAACUGGAACUCAAGCUGGGGCAGGGAAGUGACUUGUUAUGUAAAAAUACUACAAUUCAGUCUGUAGUGUUUUAAUACUUCAGAAAGACAUGCAAUGAUUUUUGUCAAGCAAUUAAACAUUUUAAAAUAAAAA